AUGGCCUUUACGCAGCCAAAAACAUCAGUGGAAAUACCGCUGAAAGAUAGUACCGAAAAUGAUAUGCAACGAUAUAUGCGAGAUUUCUGCGUAGAAAUCUGGAAUAUAACGCAACGCUGGGAAGAAUUAAAUGGAUCAACAUACAUUUUGCUGGAGAAAAUCGUUAACAACCGUCUAUGUCUUAUGUAUGCUCAAUCAGCUGACGUUAAGAAAGAAAGAGAUGUAGGAAAAAAAGAAUCGGAAUCUGAUCUAAGUGCUUUGUUGCUGAAUGAAAAAGAUAAUGGCUGUAGCACCACAAGUGUUGAAUUACAAAGAAACCGAUUGGAACAGAAUGAAAGUAGCAGAAUUACCGAAAAAAUUGUGCGAGAUGUGGAAGAAUUGGUGGAACUGGUCAAUGUGCAAAUGACUCGGAUGGUUGACGAACUCCAAAGCAUGCGUGAACGACUCGCAGGAUUGAAGAAAUUAGAAAAUUUACAAAGAGACAGACGAAAUCUGCCUCAUUUUCAAAAUCCUAAAUUGAAAGAAAUAAGUGAGAUUUUACCGCUUAUUGUAAAAAUGUAUCAGGAAGAGUUGAAAGCAAAACAUGCUGCACUUGAUGAUUUAGCAAAUUUCGGUAGCAGAGAUAUAUUUUUGGCUAUCAUGGCAUCCUGGUCUCAUCAGCCUUUUAUAGACCGUUCAACAUUGAGUCGUUUGUAUUCUCUUGUUGUUUAA